CAUCGGGGAAGUACCUUUUACAAAUAAAAGCUGUGCUCGCACGAACGGCAAUACGAUUGUCUCAUUUUCGUUUUGGAUGAGCAGUGGAACGGUCGGAAAGCCUACAACCUUAAAACUACGACGUAAAAGCGAGCGCGAAAUAAAACAUAUUGUAUGAAGUGAGAGACACGCGCUCACGUGGAUAAUAAUACAACAGCAGAAGCAGCAGGGAAAAUAACAAUAACAAUAGCAAAAAUGAAUCAACAGCAAUUCUUUGAUCUGGAUCAGGGAAAGAAUAUAUCCUACAUGAAUGAUUGCUCCAGUACAAGUGGAUACAGCAGCGCGAAUUCUCCCAUAUCCAUGACACAGUCACCAUCACAUUCGCCAGAGACAUUUGCUUUGCAAAAUGAAUUUGCCAACCUUAAUUUGCCCGCAAUGUCGAAUUCACCUUCACCACAGCUACAGCAAUUACGCAGCUCACCAUACCAACAGCCACUCAUAGCAAAUCAGCUGCUCCCAAGUGGCAACCUCUGCAUGGAAAUUGAUGGCGGCAGCAACAAUAUAUUAAAUGGAAACACAAACUUUGGCAAUAUGUACAUGCCCAUGGAUCAUUUCUAUGCGACGCCACAAAAUGUGGGAUUUGCGGCAAACGAUGGUGGCGUUAAACACGAAUAUACUGCUGUGCUGCACAUUGUCGAACAGCCGGUGGAAAAAUUUCGUUUUCGCUACAAGAGCGAAAUGCAUGGAACACAUGGCUCACUCAAUGGUAUUAACUCGAAGCGGACACCAAAAACAUUUCCAGAGGUAAUGUUACGCAAUUACAAUGGACCAGCUGUCAUCCGUUGCAGCCUAUUCCAAACGAAUUUGGACAGUCCACACUCGCACCAGUUGGUAGUGCGCAAGGAUGAGCGCGAUGUAUGCGAUCCACAUGAUCUGCAUGUCUCGCAGGAGCGUGGAUAUGUGGCCCAGUUCAUCAAUAUGGGCAUUAUACACACGGCCAAAAAAUUCAUAUUCGACGAGCUGCUGAAGAAGAAAAAGGAUCGUCUGGUCUUUAAAAUGGGUCGCCGGGAACUGUCUACCAAGCAGGUGCAGGAGUUACAUCAGGAAACAGAGCGUGAGGCAAAGGAAAUGAACCUGAAUCAGGUGCGUUUGUGCUUUGAAGCCUUCAAAAUUGAGGAUAAUCAAACCUGGACGCCUAUUGCCGCGCCCGUCUAUAGCAAUCCGAUUAACAAUCGCAAGUCCGCACAAACGGGCGAGCUACGCAUCACUCGCCUCAGCAAACCCACUGGCAGCGUCAUGGGCAACGAUGAGCUCAUUUUGCUUGUGGAAAAGGUUAGCAAAAAGAAUAUCAAAGUGCGAUUCUUUGAGGAGAACGAUGAUGGUGAAACCGUUUGGGAGGCUUAUGCCAAAUUCCGUGAGUCGGAUGUUCAUCAUCAGUAUGCGAUUGUCUGCCAAACGCCGCCCUACAAGGACAAGGAUGUGGAACGCGAAGUGGGUGUCUCCAUUGAGUUGAUACGUCCCUCCGACGACGAGCGCUCCUUUCCACCAUUGCCUUUCCGUUAUAAGCCACGUGAUGCGAUCGUUUCACGUAAACGCCGACGCACCUGCUCCACCCUUACCAGCAGCAGCGGCAGCAGCAGUGGCAGCCUAAACAACUCAAUGGAGUUGCCCAAGACAGUGCCGCAGCAGGGCGUGGUCAACGUGUCACAGCAUGAUCAGACAAUUAGUCAGGAGUUCGGUCGGGAAUUUCAUUUGGAGCAACUAAUAAAUCCGGAAUCGUUUCGAAAGAUACUCGAACAGGACUCCGCAGAGCUGGAGAAGCUUUGUGUCACCGAUAUUGGCGUACUCGAAACAGAUGGUCAACAGCAAGCGGAAAGCGCAGAUCGCACGCACGUCAGCCGAUAUAAUCGCAACCUGACCAGCACCUAUCUGGGUGAAAUCUUUAAGAUAUUCGAUGCGGCCCGACGCGCUGUCGACAAUAAGGAACUAUUUCAAUCCUCCUGCAAGAAAGUGGAAAAUCUCUUCACAGACCAUGCGCAGAAGAACGUGAAUAACGACACACUGCUGCACGAGGUGAUUAGCCAGCGCAAGGAUAAUGUGAAGCUGGCCAUUAAAAUGUUCCAGGUUAUUGAUUACUUCAAGUUGCGCGAGCUGGCGCAUACGGCACAAAAUGCGGAUGGAGAUAGCUGUUUACAUGUAGCCUGCCAGCAGGACCGGGAUCACUACAUACGCCCAUUGCUGGGACUGGGCUGUAGUCCAAAUCAACAAAAUCUGACAGGCAACACGCCUUUGCAUUUGGCUGUCAAAGAGGAUCGCAACAAUUGCAUCAAGCUAUUCCUAGAUGCAUCAGGCGCCAAAUUGGAUUUGUCAUUGACGAACGAUGAUGGCUUAACACCGCUGCACAUGGCCAUCAGGCAGAACAAAUAUGAUGUAGCCAAGAAUCUAAUCAACUAUGAUCGCAGCUCCAUCAAUGUUGCCAACACAACAGACGGCAAUAACGCCCUGCACAUGGCUGUGCUCGAGCAGAACGUGGAGCUGAUCGUUUUAAUACUGGAUGCAGAGAAUCGAAUGGAUAUAUUAAUGAGCAGAAAUUCGGCUGGCUUAACCCCAUUGCAGCUGGCACGUGCCAAGGCGAACGAUCGUUGUGUUCGGCUGCUGGAGGAAGUGUAUCCGGACAAAGGAGAAUGCGCCAUGACAUGGAUACCAUUGAAUAUUAAAGAGGAAAUGGACUCCUCAUCGGCCGAAGAUGAUGAGGAAAGCAAUUCCGAAGUACCAGCCCAAUCGAUCAAAACCGAAGAGUUUGAAAUGGACUUCAAGGCGGAGUACGCUGAUGAGGACAGUACCACCAAUGAAAGCGACGUUGAAAAGCAAUUGCAGCAAUUGCUGAGUAGCAAACCCAGGUUUGAUAAACUGGUGGCCCAGCUCAAUGAGCCAACGGCAGACAAUGCCAACUUGCCCAAAUGGAAAGAGAUUGCCGAGAAGUCCGACCUGAAAGAGUUCAGUUGGCUCUGGUCUAGCUCGGAGGGCAUGCUCAACUAUAUACAAAACAAAUCGGGCGACAAACAGUACAAACACUUUGCACUUGCACUCCAGGAGCUGGGUUUUCUGAGUGCUUCCAAUUAAUGAUAUACAUACAUAUAUAUAAAUGUUAAGCUACAUUU